AGGGGCUCCCGGGGAGUGCCUGGAGCAGGUGGCGCAUCUGGGGGCUAGAGACAGCAGCCAUGUCAGCCAAUGUGAAGCACCGCAAGACCCUCUGGCCUGCGCACGCUGACAGCCACGUGUGCCUGUGUGCGCACACCUUCUCCCUCCUUGAGUCUCCGGACACCCAAUGCCCAGUCUGAGAGGAACAUUCAGGCUUAAGAGGAAGGCAGGAUGGGGUGGACCUCAAGGGUCAAGGGAGACGGAUCCCAGAGGCCAUGACCCAUCCUGUCCCCAUCUCCCUUUCUUGGUCCUUGCCAGUGGCCUUCCUCAUUUGAACCGUGGAACCAGUGCUCGCCUGGGCAGCACAUAUACUGAACCCUGGAACCACAGUCCUGCAUGCAAACCCAGCUUCUACCUGGGCCAGUUACUCUCAAUUCCAGUUUCUUUACUUGAAAUGGCGGGGACAGCUACUCCCAGGAGGUAAGAAUUUAGUACAGUGCGAUCACCACACUCAAGGCUGCUGUCUCCACUCUUCUAACACACUCACACCAGAGCCUCUUGCUCCUGCACUUAGACCUCUGCAGUGCGGGGGUUCUCGGUCUUGCCGGCACACUUUAAUCCCCGAAGAGCUUCUAAAAACUAUCAAUGCCUGACCCCACCUCGUAAUUGCUAGGAAUGCGCCCUUGAUCUUUAUUGCAAAAAUUUCCCCAGGAGAUUAAGACACAGUAAGAGUGGCGAGCCUCCACCUUAGACCACGGAUUCCCAGAUGUAGACGAACAGGAGAAUCACCGGGGACGCAUUAACGCCAACAAAAGGCAAACUCCCAGGACGGCCCCCGAGAUUCGCUUUCAGUCUAUCCCGGGGAGGAAGCGGUGCGGAGAUCUGCACCUCUGGGAAGCUCCUCGGUUCGCACGUGUUUACUUUUAAUGAGAAGGGCGCUGUCCCGCCUGCAGCCGCGGACGCUGACCGAGGGCAGUCGCUUCCCCUCCCGGUCGCCCGGCUGUUCGUCCCCGGUGCACCCGCACAGGUGCAACGCCACGAGGCCGCGCGCCCGCCUGCGCGCACGGCCUCCCCGUCCACCCCGCCUGCAGGUUCCUCCCGCCCGGCCAGCCCGUAUUCGCAGGGCAGAGGGUGGGCUCGCGAGUGGACGGCUCGGAGCCAGGGCAGCCCCCGCCCCUGCUCUGCGGCGGUAGCGGACACGCCUCCGGAAGGCCCGGAGACGCCCAGCGCCCGUACAGCCAGAGGGACCGCAGCGCGGAGGCGCCCAAAUCGCGCGAGAACUGGCCCGGCCGCGCCCGCACCUUCUUUGACGCCCUGUCAACCGAGAGGAAGUUCCGGAGAAGCUCAGGGCGCAGACGCGAUACGCCAGCCUCGCGCCAGCGUGCCGUAAGUGCGCAGGCGCGCCGGCCGCUCUCUUUUCUGCUCUUCCUUCUCCCGGUCUCCAGACGUCAGCGGCCGUUGGGUCCUAUGUCGCGCCGGGCCCUCCGGAGGCUGAGGGGGGAACAGCGCGGCCAGGAGCCCCUUGGGCCCGGCGCCCUGCAGUUUGUCCUCCACGAUGACGAUGAUGCGGAAGAAGAAGGUCCAAAGCGGGGUCCAGGCGGCCGACGCCCCCGGGGCGCAGGGAAGGAGGGCGUCUGCGUCAACAACCGGUUCGAGCUGAUCAACAUCGAAGACCUGGAGGAGGGACCUGUGCUCAAUGGGGAGAGACCCGAUGGUCUGCUUACGGGCGCUGUGGUGUCAGGGAACAAAAGGAGGUCGCAGAGUGGAGGUGCUGACCGCAAGAAGGCUGGAGAAGUGGCUGACAAGGGAGCGCCCCCGGAGCAGUCUAAUGUAAGCGGCAAACUCCGAAAGAAGAAAAAGAAACAGAAAAAUAAGAAAAACACUACAGGAGAAAUUUUGGAAAAUGGGCUAGAAGAUAUCGAUCGCAUCUUGGAGAGGAUUGAGGACAGCAGUGGUUUCAACCGCCCGGGGCCGCCUCCCCUCAGCUCCAAGAAGCACGUCCUGUAUGUGGAGCACAGACACUUGAAUCCAGACACAGAGCUGAAAAGGUAUUUUGGUGCUCGAGCUGUCCUUGGGGAACAAAGGCCGAGGCAGAGGCAGCGAGUGUACCCCAAGUGUACCUGGCUCACGACCCCGAAGAGCACGUGGCCGCGGUACGCCAAACCAGGUCUGUCAAUGAGGCUGCUGGAGUCCAAGAAGGGCCUCUCCUCCUUUGCUUUUGAGCACAGUGAGGAGUACCAGCAGACCCAGCACAAGUUCCUGGCCGCGGUGGAGUCCAUGGAGCCCAAUAACAUCGUGGUUCUGCUCCAGACUAGCCCGUACCACGUGGACUCGCUGCUGCAGCUCAGUGAUGCUUGUCGCUUUCAGGAGGAUCAGGAGAUGGCCCGAGACCUCGUCGAGAGAGCACUGUACAGCAUGGAGUGCGCCUUCCACCCCUUGUUCAGCCUCACCAGCGGGACCUGCCGGCUGGACUACCGCAGGCCCGAGAACAGGAGCUUCUACCUGGCCCUCUACAAACAGAUGAGCUUCCUGGAGAAGCGCGGCUGCCCGCGCACAGCGCUGGAGUUCUGCAAGCUCAUCCUGAGCUUGGAGCCCGACGAGGACCCCCUGUGCAUGCUGCUGCUGAUCGACCACCUGGCCCUGCGGGCGCGCAACUACGAGUACCUGAUUCGCCUCUUCCAGGAGUGGGAGGCUCAUCGGAACCUGUCUCAGCUCCCAAAUUUCGCCUUCUCUGUGCCGUUGGCCUAUUUCCUGUUGAGUCAACAAGCAGACCUCCCAGAACAGGAGCUGAGCUCUGCUAGGGAGCAGGCGUCUGCCCUGAUCCGACAGGCCCUCACCAUGUUCCCUGGAGUGCUCCUGCCUCUGCUCGAGUACUGCAGUGUGCGGCCCGAUGCCGCUGUCGCCACGCAUCACUUCUUCGGCCCGGAGGCCGAGAUCAGCCAGCCCCCUGCCCUAAGCCAGCUGGUGAGCCUAUACCUUGGAAGGUCCCACUUCCUCUGGAAGGAGCCUGCCACCAUGAGCUGGCUGGAGGAGAACGUCCGGGAGGUUCUGCAGGCGGUGGACUCUGGGGACCCUGCGGUGGGAGCGUGUGAGAGCAGGCGGAAGGUGCUCUACCAGCGGGCGCCCAGGAACAUCCACCGGCAUGUGGUCCUGUCCGAGGUCAAGGAGGCCGUUGCUGCCCUCCCCCCGGAUGUGACCACGCAGUCUGUGAUGGGCUUCGACCCUCUGCCUCCUUUGGACACGAUCUACUCCUACGUCAGACCCGAGAGGCUGAGUCCUGUCAGCCAUGGAAACACUAUCGCCCUCUUCUUCCGGUCUUUGUUGCCUAAUUACACCAUGGAGGGGGAGCGGCUGGAGGACGGAGGGGCUGGGGGUCCAAACCACAACCAAGGCUUGAACAGGCUGAUGCUGGCCGUGCGAGACAUGAUGGCCAACUUCCACUUCCACGACGUGGAGGCAGCUCGUGAGGACAACCCCGAGGGGGACGGGGAGUGGGACUGAGCCCGCAGAGAUGCCGUGCCCCAACGCUGUACAAUUAUGUUCCUGAUUGCUGUUCUGGUCGGAAUUGGCCAGUUCCUUGGAGUAGAGAUGCUGAUGUGUCGUC